AAUGACAUGCAUAGUUCCAGCUUAUCAAAGUCAUUGAAUCUGUCCUCAAAUUCCUGUCCAAGCCUAGUCAAGAGUUCAGAGUACUUAUUUAAAGCUCUGCCAAAGACCCUAGAUGCAGACACAUUGUUAUUUAGUAUUGAUUGCAUGAAUCGAAAGUUCUGCAAUUUCUUCUUCUGUAAAUACACAGAGAAAAGGUUGAUCUUGGCUUUGAAUGCACUUACAGCACUGAUCAUAUCACUGAUGGUCUUACCUAUGCGUUGCAGUUCGCAUUUCAUAUAAUUCAGUUUCCCAGUGAUGUCGGUUAGGAAGGCAUGGUCCAGCAGCCACUCAGUCUCCUGAAGCAGGGAGGUGUCCUUGCCUCUGGAUUCCGUGAACACUGUGAUUUCACACAAAAGUGAUGAAAAACGCUGCAAAAUCCUGCAAAAUCCUGCUCAGUCUGGAUUUCAGUGUGAAGCAACAGGUCACCAUAUUCAGCUGACAGCUCCUCCAAAAGUAUGAUUUUAACGACUGGAGUCAUGACGUGACCAAAUCCCAUCUCUUUGGCACACAUUGCCUGCUGGUGUAUAAUGCAAUGGUAAUGUAGAAACUUUGGAAAAUCUGGGUCACCUCUGCAUAACACAACAAAGCAUUGUCACCGAUACCAACUUUUCAAAUGGCACAUUCUUUUUCAGGAAAUAAUUCUUCACCGCAUCAUAUCAAUACCCCUCAUUGUUGCCUUCAGGGGCAAUAAUGUCAGGAAUUCCUCUUUCACAGAAAAAUCACUGAAAACCAUUCUGAUGAAAUCCAUCAGCUGUGCUGUACUACUAGAGUCCACAGACUCAUCCCACUGGAUGGAGAACCAUUUGCACGAACCCAAUUCUUUUUCCAGCUGCUCCGUUACAUAGCCAUGACUCACCUUGCAAUUGUGUUAGCCCCCAGUUGAACAUCAGAGAGUGCACACAUGAUUUCCUUUCCAUUCUUGUGAUCCUUAAACAGAGUGUUCACCAUCACAGUCAUUGCUCCCUUCCGAGAAUGUCACCAUCCGAGAAUGAUUUUUUGUGUUUUGUCAAAAAAUGAGCAACCCUAAAUAAAGCUUUGGUUGCAGCUUGCGACUUUUUAGCGGGGCUGGUAAAAAAAAAAGAUUGUUGUCUGCUUAAUGUUGCUUUCAACUCAUGAACUUUUUCUUUUCUCAGUACCUGGAGGAUAGCUGCCAUUGAAAUUCUUGUGGGUUGUGGUAGAAUGUCUCUCCAGACUGUGUCUCUUGGCCACCGCUAUGCUAGCUGUACAGAUGAGGCAUACACUUUUAUCACUGACAUUUAUGAAGAGGAAUUCUGUCUCCCACUCCUCAUUAAAAUAGUAUGUCUUUUUUUUUUUUUGCAUGACCUGGUUCCAUCAGCCAUAAUUAAUCCUUUGGUUUUUUUUGUUAUAGUUGAUACAGUUGAUGCUGCCAUAGCCUCAACUCACAGAAUAGCCUAUGAGAAAAUGUAACAUACGUUAACGUACAUAAACUUAAAAAUAUUAAAAUGAUUAAAUGAUUUUAUUUAAUGUUUUAAUGUUACAUGAAAUAUUAACAUAGUUCUUUUUCUCAUUUUAUGUAAGUAUUAUGAAAAAAUAAAUUAACGAAAAUUAAGGAUUAAAAUUGAGGCUAUUUAUAGAAUGUGAUGGCGGGCGACUCACAGACUCUGUGCGGGCUACCAGUGGAGACCACUGAUUUAACGGCUAAUUAAAAGGACAUUAACCCACCUCAUUCAAUCAAAUAGAAAUUUCACCUCAAUUGGCCUCAAUUAAUUUACUCGAAUCCGACUGAGGUGUACACGUGGAUAUUUUCUAUUCUAAUUGAGCUAUCGGUUGGAGUAUAAUCGGAAUAUUAUGCUGCAUGUAAACGUAGCCAGUAAUGUUGGGUAAAAAGGCCUGACUAGUAGACUUCAUCCCAAAGAUGGCCCUGUGCGGUCCAGUCAAGUUCUUCUACACCAAAUUCUGCAAAUAUACCUUGCUUUGUGCAGGGAGGUUUUGUCAUGCUGAAACAGGAAAGGGCCCACAUAUUGUUGUCUUUGUAGCAUAGCUCACUGGCCACACUACUAGGUAAGCCUACACUUGUUCAUGAACAUAAAUAGCCAAGCGGGACAUACAACUGCAAAAUGUUUUGACUUUUGGAAUCACCUUUGGUAUCAUCUGGAUUUCUGCCUUAAUUACUCAUAAAAUGUGAUUGGAUCUUUCUUCAGGAUCAAGUCACAAUAAUACACUCAUUCUGUCUAAACCAAUAACACAAAGAGUUCUUAAUUUGGGUCUUUGAUUAAUAAUUCACAGCCCUGGCUGAAAAAAUGAUCCGAACCCUUUUUAUUAGUAGAACUAGUAAAACCUCAUUUGGCAGUAACAAAAUCGACCAAAGUUUUCCUGUAGCUGCUGAUAGGACUUAUGACUUACUGACUACCACAGUGAGGAGGAAUUUUAGACCAUUAGUUCCUACAGCCCUAGGGUGAGGGUCAGAUGCAUGAACAGUCCUUUUCCAGGUCAGCAUCUAAGAUUGGUUAAGACAGGACUCUGACUUGGUCAUUAUAAAACAAAAUUUUAUAUUUUAAACAUAAAAUUUUCUUCUUUUUAAACCUUUCUGUUGUUCAUGUGUUUUGAAUUCAGUUAAAUUUUAUUUGUGUAGAACUUUUAACAAUGGAUAUUGUCAUAAAGCAGGCUUAUAGAAAUAAAUACAUUCAAAUUAAAUUAAAUCAAAAUAAGUUGUAUAUGUGUGAAUUUAUACCUAAUGAGCAAGCCAGAGGCAACGGUGACAAGGAAAAACUCCCUGAGACGAUAUGAGGAAGAAACCUUGAGAGGAACCAGACUCAAAAGGGAACCCAUCCUCAUCUGGGUGAUAACAGAUUAUUAUAAAUAAAUCAGCAAUUAUAAAUAAAUCCCUUCUAUAACUGUGUACUACAUGGUCUAAAAUAGUGCAAUUGUGCAAGAGUAAAUUCAUUACAGUUUUGACAUGAAGUCUGGUUUGUUGAACCUAUCCACUCUCCACUGAUGGAGACCUGACUGCAAACCUGCUCGUGGCAACCGCAGCCCCAAAGCCACCACAGCAAUCACAGUCCCAAGCCAUCACAGUACAACUCCCCACGAGAUCCCCAAGCCAUCUCCACGGCCCCCAAGCGGCACCAUCCCCAGCCAUCCCAAUGAUCUUCAGGCCGACCAUGUGGGGCCACCCCCAGCAGCAGCAAGCAACCUCCAACCGAUGAGAACUCCAAACAGAAGCAGGGCAUCUGGAGAGCAGAAAGAUCAGGAUCACUGGCAUCUCAAGAGUAGCAUUGAGCUGGAUGGAUGGAGUGAUGGAGCACGUUCUCCUGUCCAACUGUCCAGGCCCUGAGGCAGCAAAGCAGCCACAUGCUUUCACCUUGUCCUCUGAAAUCUAUUUGAUCAGGGCAUGGUUCACAGGAGAUUACAAAGAGGAGCCCUCCUUCACAUCACUCCAAGCCUUACAGCAUGGGACCUUCCACAGUUAUCACACCCCUCCAAACUUGUGCUACCCACACAGCAACACCUUCAAUGGACUCAUAUCAACAGACAGACUAGUGGUGGCACAGAGAAGAGUGAGAAGAGCAUGAUAGCUUUAGACAGGUACAGAAGCAGUACAGCUCCCUGCCUUGACAACGCGUGCGGCGGUAAUAUCACAAUCACAAGUGCUGGGUACGUGACGUCACCGGGCUAUCCGUCGGGGUACCCGCUCUCGCAGCAGUGUGUAUGGCUCAUCAGCGCCCCUGACCCGCACCAGCGGAUCCUCAUCAACUUCAACCCACACUUCGACCUCGAGAGCCGCGAGUGCAAGUAUGACUUCUUGGAGGUGUAUGACGGGGACAGUGAGAAAGCAAGUCUGGUAGGGAAGUACUGUGGUAAGAUUGCUCCAUCCCCAAUCACCUCCAGUGGAAAUUUACUGCUGAUCAAAUUCACCUCUGACUACGAGACCACUGGUGCUGGCUUCAGCAUCCGCUAUGAGGUGCACAGAGCAGUUACAGAAUGUUCCAGAAACUUCACUGCUCUAAGUGGGUUGAUACAAACACCAGGCUUCCCUGAUAAAUACCCCAACAACCUUGAGUGCACCUUUAUCAUCUUUGCCCCAAAGAUGUCAGAGAUUGUGUUGGAGUUUGAGAGCUUUGACAUGGAACCUGACAUCACAGCACCAGCUGGAGCCUCAUGCCGAUUCGACUACUUAGAGGUCUGGGACGGAUACCCAACAGUUGGCCCUCAUAUUGGAAGAUAUUGUGGUUCCAGUAGUCCAGGCCGGGUUGUGUCAUACACUGGCAUUUUGUCCCUCUCCAUCCACACAGACAACGCCAUCACAAAGGAGGGCUUCUCAUCCAAUUACAGGAUCCGGUCCAACCAAGAACCCAGCCAUGAGCAAGCCAAUGAGUGCCUGUCUCCUUUGGGAAUGGAAUCCGGUGAGAUAAGUGAUGAGAGAAUUGCCGCGUCAUCUCAGUACAAUCCCAGCUGGUCUCCCUUCCGUUCACGAUUAAACUACCACGAUAAUGGCUGGACACCAUCAGAAGAUUCUGCCAGGGAAUGGAUACAGGUGGAUCUGGGCUUCCUGCGGUAUGUUUCAGCUAUAGGAACACAAGGAGCCAUUUCUAAGGAAACUAAGAAAGCUUACUAUGUUAAGACAUACAAAGUCAGCAUCAGCACCAAUGGGGAGGACUGGAUCAUGGUGAAAGAUGGCACCAAGCACAAGGUGUUUCACGGCAGUCACAACCCCACGGACGAGGCCCAUGCCUUUUUCCCAAAACCCACACUGACACGUUAUAUACGGAUACGACCUCUAACUUGGGAACAUGGCAUCUGUAUGCGCUUUGAAUUAUAUGGCUGCAAGAUAUCAGACUCUCCCUGCUCUAGCAUGUUGGGGAUGGUCUCUGGUCAGAUCUUAGACUCUCAGAUCUCUGUGUGGCCUGAAGUGGAGAGGGGCUGGUUACCUGAACAGGCCAGGCUCCUGACGGGCCGCUCUGGCUGGGUGGCACCUGUACCACAUGGCACAGCAAACAGCUCCUGGUUGGCAAUGGACCUUGGUUUUACCCACUGGGUCACCGCAGUCAUCUUGCAGGGGGGGAGACACAGGGACAAGGUCAUGUUUGUCCGACGCUUCAAACUGGCCUACAGCACCAACGGCUCUGACUGGAGCUACAUACAUGAGGAGAACAGCACCAAAGCUAAGGUAUUCAUGGGGAACCAAAAUCAUGACACUCCAGAGGUACGUUCCUUCAAGCCACUGAUGAUGCGUUUCCUGCGGGUAUAUCCUGAGCGUGGGUCGCAUGAUGGCAUGGCCCUGAGACUGGAGUUGUUGGGCUGUGACACCCAACGUGCUACUCCUCUUCCUCCUACCACUACAAUGGUAACCACAGUGAGGGUAACUGCUAACAUCCCAGCAACCAGCCCAGCAAUUGCUGGCAUCACCACAACAGAGGACUGUGAUGAUGAAUCUGCAACUUGUCACAGCGGAACAGGCACAAGUGAAGACUAUGAGCCUACAGGUACAGUGGCAGAGCCCAUGGAAUCUGUCUUCAACUGUCCAGUUUCGGUGAGUCUAUGCCCAAGAUAGACUCAGAUUCUUGUUCUUGGCUGACAGGAGUGGAACCUGAUGUGGUCUUCUGCUGUUGUAGCUCAUCCACCUCAAGGUUUGAUGUGUUGUGCAGUCUGAGAUGCUUUUCUGCUCACCAUGGUUGUAAAGAGUGCUUAUUUGAGUUACUAUAGAUUUCCUGUCAGCUCAAACCAGUCAGUAAUUCUCCUCUGACCACUCUCAUCAACAAGGUGUAUUAGCCUGCAGACUUUCUGCUCACAGGAUGAUUUUUGUUUUUUGCACCAUUCUGUGUAAACUGUAGAGACUGUUGUGUGUGAAAAUCCCAGGAGAUCAGCAGUUUCCAAAAUACUCAAACCAGCACAUCUAGCACCAACAACCAUGCCUCGGUGGCCAUAACAUCACAGAACAUCAUUUUCCCCAUUCUGAUGUUUGAUGUCAACAUUAACUGACCUUUUUGUGUGCUGUGCUGAUUGGAUAAUUGCAUAAAUGAGCAGGUGUACAUGUGUUCCUAUUAAAGUGACUGGUGAGUGUAGUAUAUGUGUUAAAUAACAUUUUUGUGCAGUAAUUAAGCUACGCUGAUGUUCAUAAAAGGCAAUCUUUAUGAUUCCACAUUUAACCUCCGCAAAUGUUAAAUGAGAUAUGUUCCUUACUUUAUUGGCUGUCAGCUGCUAUGGUAAGAAACAGGAAUAAAUCACACAUUUUUCCCGUUUCUGUUUGAAAGCUAGCUAGGCUUUCAACACAAACUCUCAAUUUUUCAAACAGUAAAUAACUAAUAAUUUAUCGAAAGAUAGUCUGGUUAUAAACAAUAUUACCAAUAUUAUAAAAUAAAGACCACUUUAUUGAAACACUCAAAUUUCAACACAAAUUUCAACACUCAUUUCAUACUUAUGAAUCAAACACCACAAAUACCUAAAACAAUUAAAUAAAUUUGUGUCAUCAUUGACACAAUACAAAUAGUACUCCAAAUACAGCUUAUUCUAUCUCUCUCUUUUUUAUGAGCUGUGUAGUUUAAGAUCUGUGUCUGUUUAGGCUCCAUCGAUCUCUCUCUCUCUCUCUCUCUCUCUCUCUCAAAAGGUCAUGUAUCCUAUGGGUUUCAUCUAGAAUGGAGAAUUUUCCAGGCUAUUUACUAUUCUUAGAAUAGUAAUUGAUUGAUUAUAUUGAUUUUUAGAAAAGUUUUAAAAUUAACUAAUCAAUUAGUUAAAUUGAUUCUUAGAAAAAUUUCCUUUCCUAAUCCUUUGAAAAAUGACAUUUAUGUAAAGGAGUCAGUGUGCUACUUCUGCUUUCUGUGUUUUUGUACUGCGUGUAGCAUAUCUUUGGUUCGACUGCAAUUUUGGCUGGUCAGACCAUCCGUCUUUCUGUGGGUGGAGUCUAGAGAGCAUCGGACAAGUGGACUGG